CAAAAAUUUCGUCGGAGGGGAUCUUAUUUUCGGUAUAAAUUCUCUUUGACGAAUCCAUAGGGUUAUUAGUAAAAAGUUUGAUUACUGAUUAAACAUGAAAUCGGCCUUCUUAAUUGUUGCUGCACUUUGUGCCACCUGCUAUGCCCAGCAACUCGCUUCAAAGGAACCUAUUCAGAUUGUUAAAUAUGUCAACGAAGGGGUAGGACCUGAAGGAGCUUACCAGUGGGGAUUCGAAACUGCCAAUGGUAUAGCUGCCGAAGAACAAGGUUCUCUUAAGAAUGCCGGUACAGAAAAUGAAUCUAUUCAGGUGCAAGGAUCUGCAAGAUGGACUUCUGAAGAUGGAACUCCAAUCGAACUCACUUAUGUUGCUGACGAAAAUGGAUUCCAACCAAGAGGGGCUCAUCUUCCAACUCCUCCACCAAUCCCGGAAGCCAUCCAAAGGUCUUUGGAGUAUAUCGCAGCCCAUCCUCAACAGGAAGAAAAUGCCUUAAAGCAAAAGAAAUACUGAUGAUGUCUUUCGGCUUUGUAUAUUGAUGAAUCUUUUGUAAAUAAUUGUUGUUGUGUUUUAUUAAUUAAAUGCUGCAGCUACAAAUCAA